AUGAAUCUCAACAAAAAUUGGAUACAUCCCGCAUCCGCCACCACUGUCGAUAUCGAUAGUUCGUGCAGACAAAUCAACAAAGUUCAGCUAUAUACCGUUUAUACGUCUCCCUCUGCAAGGCUAAAGCCGAUACAGUUUGCGCGGCAUCGAGCAGCCUCGAAAGGCCCAUCAUGCUGUAAUACCUCGGCAAAGGAACCGAGCGGCUGCAUGCUGCUUUUCUGCCCUUUUUUUUUUUUUUGUUUUGUGAUCGACAGGCUCAAAGCUAUACCAAAACGAGCUCAACCGAACGUAGCUUCUUUUCGUCCAAGCAGCGUAAAUAUCCCGUUGCCCACAGCUGUACAGCCGGACAAGCUGGCCAAUCGAAUGGUUAUCGUGAUAUAUUCGGUGCAAUUCUUUCAAUUGACACAGCAGAAUUUCCUCAAAACGGAGAAGAUAACAAAAAAAAAAAAAGAUAUAACGGGAACUCGCUCUAAGCAAGUGCCGAAGUUGCAUACCUACAAGCGGGAGAGAUGA